GUUCAAUUAGCUUAUGAUUUGCAUUAAUUCCCGAAAGCCCAGUGCCACAUUUGAUCGACGACUUCCCGCAUCAUGUCGUCGGAUGAUCUCGAGCUGUGCCACGUCAUGUUGGUGUUUCGCCAUGGCGACAGAUCUCCCGUGCUACCGCGAAUGGGUAAGAACAUCGUCAUGGACGACAAGGAAAAAGCAUUCUGGGCCGACCGCUUGGUGACUUCCGAGCACGAAGCGGUGCUAGACAAGAUGGCCAAGACGGCGGGGCUGACGCGAGAUGCUCCACCACCCACGAACGGCCUCAUCAUCGGCGGUGGGUGGCCGAGCGGAUACUUGACGCAGCUUGGGUCGGAGCAAAUGAUCGCGCAUGGAAAGGCGAUGCGCGCAAAGUACGCGACCUUCUUGGCGGACGCGACGCCCGACGACCUGUACGUGCGGUCGACGAACGUUCCCCGCACGAUUCGAUCCGCGCAGUCUGUUUUGUACGGCAUGUUCCCCGAGCACUUGCUUUCGGACGACAUUUUCAUCCACUUGGACGAGAACUGCCGCUUGUCCAUGGGCAAGCAGAUGGAUUACUUCAACAUGAGCACUAAGUUGAAGAGCCGGCGCCACGAGUCUCCAGUCAAAGACAUCGACGACCUCGAGCGGCUCGUGCAAGAUGCCGCCGGCCUCGACGAAGGCGAAGACGUCAAAUGGUCCUUUCUGCGAGAAAUCCUCGUGUGUCGCAAAGCGCACGCGUUCCCGUUCCCUGCCGGCCUCACUGACACCGUCCUAGACAAAACCAUCGAACACAAUGCAUGGGAAUGGCACGCCACGCUCGGCAACAAGCCGUUUCUCAAGGACGCAUUUGGCGGCGGCGUCCACGAAGUCAUGGGAUACCUUCACACGGCCAAGCAGGUUGGUUGCACCCUUCAAUAACGUACUCCUAACCAUAAUGCAUGUAGGGCGCGAGCUCGCACAAGUUGACGGUGCUCUCUGGCCACGACGACACGCUCACGGCACUGCUCGUGGCGCUGCAGCUGCGCAAGCCAGGCGUGGCCCACCUCAUGCCGUCGUACGGGUCCAUGAUCGUGUUCGAGCUAUGGAGGUCCAAGAAGACCCCCGCGGACGAAUGGUAUGUCGCCGCCACGUUCGACGAGGAACCCAUCUUCUUUGGAGACCAUACCGAGUCUGUGCUUUGUCCGUUUGGCCACGUGGAAACCCUCGUCGCAGCCUUCCAUGAAGGGUAGAUGGAUCCUUGAAGUGACGCGCAACGUAAUGGAAGGGUUCAGUUAGGUCACUUUUGCAGGAAGUUCUGGACACGCAACGUAAUGGAAGGGUUCAGUUAGGUCACUUUUGACAGGAAGUUCUGGAUACGCAACGUAAUGGAAGGGUUGACUUGUCAUUAAA